AUGAAUCAACUCUUAAGAUAUCAUCCAUUGAUUGCUGUGUUUGUGUCCCAAAGGGUGCGAAAGAUAUUGAGUUUACGUAUCUUUGAUGCGGAAGACGGCAAGCGAUGGUCGGCCAGUGUUGUCGACAAGAAGUAUGAGAUCCUGAGUGUCAGUCAAUUCACGCUAUACUCGCAUCUGAAGGGAAAUAAACCGGAUUUCCAUCACGCGAUGGACACCAAGAAUCAUUGA